UAGUUAUGCGCCCUUCUGGACACCAUUCAAGAGGAAUCCACCACUCCUAUAAACGCCAAAAAUUAAGUUUCAUGGUUUUUUGACAUUGAUUCUUGCACCCACUUUAUUCCUUUGCCAUAGCCUUAUAUAUGUACCCCCAGCUUCCUUCCUGUCAUGUACCAUAAUCUUUUUCUUCUCCUAGCACAUGCAAAAUGAGCACUAAACCAAGCACAAUACCCGGCUUGUUUUGUAGCAAUAUCCUCCUGGUUUUUCUUCUUAGUCUUCAAUGUUCUUCUCAGAAGUCCUGUUCCAAUUGUGGCUCCAUUGAAAUCCCAUAUCCUCUAAGCACAAACCCCAAUUGCGGUGACCCGGAUUAUUCUCUCCGUUGUGAUCCCCACUCUCAGAAACUCUAUUUUGUUGCCCUUAAUGGAAGUUCUUAUGCUGUAGUCAGCAUCAUGGCUGCAUCUCAACGCAUGGUGGUGCAACCAUCAGCGUGGCUGCCUGACAGAUGUGUCACUCAAGACAUGCUGGUGAGUGAGGGCCUCUGGUUGAACCAAUCUCUCCCUUUUAACAUAACUUCAUCCAACACCAUCUUCCUCUUCAACUGCUCCCCCCGUCUUUUGGUAUCUCCUCUCAAUUGCACUACUUCUAGCCUUUGUCACCGUUUCUUGGAGAGUUCGGGACAAGUUGACAAAAAUCGAGCGCUUCAAUGUGCAAGUGGUCUUGACCCUUGUUGCACCUUUAUUGUGGGUGGGAUACCUUCAGCAUACAAGAUAAGGCUUCAUAGUUCAGGUUGUAGAGCCUUCAGAAGCAUCCUUCAUCUGGAUCCUGAGAAGCCUGCAAGCCAAUGGGAAGAGGGGUUGGAAAUUCAAUGGGCUCCCCCACCGGAACCAGUUUGUAAAUCACAGCUCGAUUGCUCCGGGGCUUCCAAGUGUUCAGCUGCUGGUUUAAAUGGCCAACUCCGGUGCCUUUGCAAUAAGGGAUACCUCUGGGACCAUGGUCUUGGAACUUGCUUGAGAACGAAGAAGAAUAUUAAGGCUGGCCUCAGCUUAAAGGUCUCCAUAGGGAUAAUCUCCUUUUUCUCUCUAGCACUAGUCAUGACCGCUGUCACCCUAAGAAGAUCUUGCAGACGUCUCUCGAACCAGGCAAAAAUGGCCAAAGCUAGAGAGAAGAUGUUAAAAUCGAGCAAUGGUGGCAAAUCUGCCAGAAUGUUUCACUUAAAAGAGAUGAAGAAAGCAACAAAAAACUUCUCCAAAGACAGAGUUUUAGGAAGUGGGGGUUUCGGGGAAGUCUACCAAGGUGAGCUUCAAGAUGGGACAGUUGUGGCCGUUAAGUCAGCUAGAGUGGGCAACAUCAAAAGCACGGAACAAGUUCUGAAUGAAGUUGGGAUACUUUCUCAAGUCAAUCACAAGAACCUUGUCAGACUCUUGGGUUGUUGCGUGGAAGGGGAGCAGCCCUUAAUGAUCUACGAGUUCAUCUCAAAUGGGACCCUCCAUGACCAUCUACAUGGUAAGUUUUCCACUCUCCUGGACUGGAAAACGAGGCUAAGAAUUGCUUUACAAACUGCUGAAGCAUUGGCUUAUUUACAUACUGCGGCAUACACUCCCAUCUACCAUCGCGAUGUCAAGUCCACAAAUAUUCUAUUAGAUGAUAACUUCAAUGCAAAAGUUGCAGAUUUCGGGCUCUCCAGAUUGGCUGACCCAGGGCUGAGCCAUGUAUCGACCUGUGCUCAGGGAACAUUGGGGUACCUGGACCCUGAGUACUAUCGCAACUACCAGUUAACUGAUAAAAGUGAUGUUUACAGUUAUGGGGUCGUGUUGCUUGAGCUUCUGACCUCCCAGAAGGCCAUCGACUUCUCGCGUGAUCAAGAUGAUGUGAAUUUAGCCACUUACGUGGGCCGAAGGGCCAACACUGGCGCAAGCAUGGAAGUUGUGGAUCAGCGGCUUCUUGGCAAGGAGCCCACGGGCGAUACACUGACAAGCAUAAAGCUCUUCUUAGAGCUUGCACUUUCCUGUCUCAGAGAGAAGAAGGGAGAUAGGCCUGGAAUGAAGGAUGUUGUUCAAGAACUGCAGUGCAUAAUCCAAAUCGUUGAUCAGGAACAGUUAAAGGUGGUGGAAAUAAUUCCAAGAAGAGGCCGAUUAAAGUGAUUCCAAGGAUCGAUGGAUUUGAAUGAAAGGAAAGACAUAAAGCAGGAAAGAUUGGGAUCAGAUGCUUGCUUACUUUCCACAGAAAGUGUGAAAUGUUCCACAAGACAUGUACUUGGAGUUAUGGGGUUAUUGGAAUCAAAUAGGGCGUACCAUGAUUGUUUCUCUGGGAAAAAAGCAAACCAACUUUACAAAAUGGGGAAAGCAAUUACAGAUGUUUUGAAUUUGAAAAUCAGAACCGUCAAAAAAUGGAAUGCAUUGCUUGAAAGUUAUUAGUAAUGGGUGCUUUAUGUGUAUCACGUGAAUCAUGAUGCAAAUCAACAUCAAGUAGUAUAAUCUUGUUUAUUGCACCAUAUAUA